GCAUGACGUUGACGUAAUGUGGAAUGCGGACUACAUUCAUUGUCAAAAAUAACUGACCUGAAAAAAACCGAGAGGCACCGGAGCUGCAGAAAAUGCUACGUUUUCUCUGCUGUUGCUGCUUCUCCGGUGAAAACUCCGGCAACGAGAGGCAGCCUCUCCUGCACCCUGGACCAUUUGACUUGAAUAGAGCUGGAUCAGCCAGGCAGAACCGGCCAGCGCACAGUAGUACAUCAUCUCUCUAAAUAUGUACAUACUGUGAAGCGGAAAGGCAGGCUAGUGAUGAGACGAGUGUGUGUGCCAGAGUUGGACCAGAGGUUUUCUGACAUGGCAGAGGCCUUCAACGAACAGCAAGAGCGCUACGAGGCCAUGGUCCGACACAUCCGCAACCUGCGACAGACAUACGGCUGUAACCACGAUGAUUCCCUGGCUUUAGCCGAAUGUUUGGGGACGAUCAGAGAUGAGCAUGAGGCCCAGUACCGGGUCUCCCUUAAAAUAAAGGGUUAUGACUUCUCCCUCAAUGUGGUUCCUGUGGGGUCACAGGGGGAAAGUGAGGAGGAGCCACUGCCUCCACAUCUGCAGUUAGCUCAGGAUGAAGUGAAGGGCACUUCUGAGAGUGCCAAGGCCACCAUCUCAAAGGGUACCACGCUACAAGAGCUGAUUGGCUGGCUGCUCCGUAGCAAGGGUCAAAUGGCUGAGCAAGUGAAGGAGGUUGCAGCAACUUACCAGGAGCAAGGAAGACUGACUCAGAACCUGGAGGAGAACAUAAAGGAAGUGAAGAGGGCGAAGGAUCUGUCGAUGAGAUACAGACAUCAGGCAGGGGAAGUCCUCACUGAGGUUGCACAGAUAGCAGGCGCUUUACUCUAGUUUAUGCACAUUUUAGGAAAUGAAUAGCCUACCUAAUUUUUGUCAAUGUUGUAGGCCUAAAGCCAUCCUAAAAUUAUUCAACUGUAAAAACAUUUAGCCUAUACAUUGAAUAAAAACCUUUUAACAGUUUGUCAACUAAAUAUGAAUUAAACUGAACCAAGGCAACACUACACUUUUAUAUUUAUUUUUUUCCCCCUCGGCUUUAUUGCUGAAACACAAAUUAGCUGUGACAGAAAUACAGUCAUUGGAAAAGGAAGACAACAUUUUUAGAUCAAAAGCAGCAGAUCUCGAUCCACCAGCCAGAUUAACCCGACAAGACACCACAACGGGUGGGGAGGGGAGAAAAGAGAGCCAGGAUAGGAGCCAUGCUGGCCCAUCUUGAACUUAAGGCUGCUACUUAAGGUUCGGUCUGGACAAAAUGGGACUCACGUUUUCCAAACAACUGAAAUCAAAGACUGCUGUGCCCACAUCUUAACAGACACCUGCUUAUCAACAUUCAUUCUGGAUCAAGCACUUGGAGGAUUGAACCGUGUCCGAGCUGUCAAGGACAGUGUUUCCCAAAUAUCAGACUUUUUUAUGUAAUAAAAUAAUUUUAUAUUAAAACCAUA